AUUGAUUAUUUUUUUAUUACGUUUAUACAAACAAACUUUACAUUUGACUUAAUUUAUUUAUAUACAGAAAAUGUAAUCUCUUUGCUAAAUAAAUAAUAAAUAUAAGAUACAUAAAUAUAGUUUCGGUGAAUAGUAUAUGUUUAUUUAAAUGCAUACAAAAAGUAUCUUAUUAAACCUUCUGUUAAAUCGAAAUAUUUAUUUAAUGUUAACUCGCAGCAUUAUUUUGCAAAAUGUAAAAAUUAAUUAUGAUGAUCGAUAGUCGACCGCCUACAGAGAGUACCAUAUGAAACAAAUUAACAUUGGCAGUACUGUCCGUAAAACGAUAAUACGAAACGUUUGCUGCAUGUUCAGCAGGGAUCAAAAUGGCCAAAGGAUGACAAUACACAGCUGUCAAUUCAAAGAAAAACAGGAUAUUCCAACAAGAAUCGAGGGAAAAUGUCUCAUAUCCAGUAUGUGGACGAAUUGGUCAAAGAAUACUUGCUUUUCAGAGGUUUCAGUCAAACCUUAAAAGCUUUCGACAACGACUUGAAAGCUGAAAAAGAGAAAGGCUUCCGGGUAGACAAGAUUGUUGAUCAACUAAUGCAAUAUGUGUAUAAUUAUGACUUGGCAUCACUAAGAGAAUUAUGGGGACAUUUGGACACAAGAAUGUUUUCCCGGUUAGAGAGUCACUUUACACCAGCUGUAAGAAAAUUAGAGAAUGCCGUUUUAAAAAUGUAUUUGGUCAAUGCAGCGUUGAAUAACAAGCAAGAUCGAAUUCAAGAAUUUUUUAUGAAAAUGACGCCAGAGUUGCAGGGCCAUUCAGAAUGGAAAGAAUGGUUUGCAUUGCCAUUCGUAAAAAAUCCAGAAGACAAUCCAGCAUACUCUGUACAUUUUAGUAGACAAUGGCAAGACACUAUGUUAUUAUCUCUGCACAAUUUCCUUGCUACCAUUUUUCAAUGUAUGCCAUUACCAACGCUACUCACUAUAGAUGAAGAUACAAACAAAUUGAAACGAUUACAAGAAGAGAAUGAGGCACUAAGGCAGCGUUUAAGCGAUUCGGUUAAGAUAGAUAAUGUAAUGGAUGUAAAUCCAGGACCAGCUCCUCAGCAUCCGCCUAUUAUGGAUGAUUUUUAUAUAAUAGCACAAGAAUCUCCUCUACUAGAAAAUCCUAAGACUCUAAGGAACUUGAUACGAAAUAUAGGUGGUGGUUCUAGUCCAAUUUUAAGUAGAAAGUCUGCGGCAAGUUCUAAAAAGAUAUCUGAACCUGAAGCAGUGUCUACGAAACGAACGAACACCAAGGGGAAAUUGAGUUCGAUCAGUAAGUCUGAUACUGUUACCAAAAGAAGCAUCAGCUGUGAUUCAAGAUUAACUAGCUCUAGGAAACGAGAUUCGUCUAUCGACGCCGUAGCCGAACGGAAGGCUAAAGAUAAAAUUGAUUCUACUUAUAUUCUUCUUAGCCAGGAAGAGUACACGGAACACAAAACGUCAAUAAUUCAAUGUAAAAGCAAUGCGAGUGGAUCGUACGUCGCUACCGGUGACGCUGAUGGUAUUAUUAAAGUCUGGACCCCGAUACCAUCACCAAAGACUGUUACUACAUAUAUCUCCGCCACAACAAACUCAAACAAAGCUAUAAGAGCGCUCGACUGGAUAUCAAAGAAUGAACGUUAUUUUUUACACGGUGAUAACAAUGGUUUAAUCCAGUUACACGACACUCGUGACUGCAAGACUUUAUGGGAUAUUCAACACGAGAACUCCCGGAUCAUAACUUUGCUCUGCAAUCCAACGGAAUCUACGUUUGUGUGUUCUGUAUCAGAUUCGAACGAAGGGAAACUUCUGUUAUACGACAUUAAGACAAGAAAAUUAGAAAGAACAUUACCAUUAGAACAAAACGUAACAGCUUUAUGCUCCGCAUUUAAUCACAACGGUCAACUCCUUAUCACAGGGUUAUCCAAUGGAAAUAUUUUAAUUCAUGAUUUAAGACGAAACGAAAUUAUCGAUAACAUUAGUUGUCACUCGAGUCCGGUUAUUGACAUAGAAUUAAUUAACGAUUACACGAACAUUUGUACGCAAAGUGAAGACGGUAAACUGUGUCAAAGGAGUUUGAAUCAUUCGGGGAAGAUACUUUGGGAGACGAAGAUCAAAGUGGAGAAAAAUACUGUCCAUGGGAAACUCUUUACUUUUGACCAAAGUGGUAACUACAUGUUGCUGUGUACGCAAAGCGGAGGAAACAUAUACAAGAUGCCACCAGGUGCACAAGCCAAAGUAUUAGAAUUAGGUGGGCAUAAAGGCACGUUGUGCUGCGAUUGGUCCACCGCCAAUCAGUCUGGAACUUGUAUAACUGGUGGUGCUGAAGGGAAAGUACGAGUGUCGACAUUGCUCUCACCAUGAUACAAAAGCAGAAUUAGUAUCUGUGUAAAUUCUUGAAGCGGUUGUAAAGUUCGUCACAUUAGCUCAAAUUUGUAGAUACUAUUUACUUAGUACUUUGAAUGUUAGAGAGCGAUUUUACAGUCACUAUACCAAGGAUGAUGGGUCAGUGAAAGUAGAGUCCUGAAUAUCUCUAAUAGAUUUGGCAUUGCAACAAACGAUACGAUAGAUAUUCAGAAUUUCUAACUCCUGCUGUUCAUCCGAUGUAUUGAAGUAUGGAAUAUCGGGAUAUCCCGAGUGAUACGUUCAUAAUAUCAUAAAAUGGAAGAAAAGACCCCCCAAGUAUUUUGUGAAAAGUACAAUGAACAUAAACGUAUCAUACAUUAGUUCAAAAAAUAUUAUAGUUAUAUCAUUAAAUUCGAAU